UGAAAAUGGGAACAUUGGUCCAAAAACUUUUGAUAGCAUAAGCAUAUGCCAUAACAAAACCACAUGUUUAAAAGUCAUUAACCACGAAUUCAAAAACGUUAACUUUCCUCCAUUAAUGUCAACUGGUCAACAUCGAACCUUCGCUAUAAAGUUGUCUUCUUCCUGCAAUUGUGAUUUCAGAGUUUAAUUUCAGAGUUCUACUUGACAAGAAAACUUCGGAAGAAGAAAGAGAAGAAAGAGCGAGUAGUGAUGGAAGGUUUAAUUCCAUAUCUCAUCAAUGCCGUGAGGAAGCAAAAACCUGGCCACCAUUACAGGUCAAUGUCAAUGGGGUCUAGCCGUGGCUACCAUUUGUUAAUGGGACAGUCACAGAAGGAGUCGGUGGAGGGCUCGUCUCACAGGCGAACAAGGUCAGAGUUCCAGCCUCCAACCGUGGAGUUUCUUGAGCAGAGGUCAGGUCUUGAUUUCCUCAGCCCAAAGGGCUACAACAACAGUCCCUCUGUAAUCUACCCUUCAAUGGUUGGUGGCUCAAAUGUUGGUCCCUACGCUCAUCAUCAGCAAACUUCCAAGGUGAAUAAUAUUGUUCCUGUUUCCAAUGUUUGACGACGAUGAUUUAUCUAUGCAAGAGUGUUGUAAAACGGGGUAAGGUUUUUCCUGGCAAAUGAUGUCUUUGCCUUUAAUUGUACAUUCAAACAGUUUUACAUUAGUGUGAUAACUGAUUAAAUUGUGCUUUUGAUGGAUCUGUUACUAUUGAUGAUUAUUUGGAAUAUCUUGUCAUUUCCUGCUUGGAAAUCAUCUUAAUUUGUGCUAUCCAACUUCAUAAAUAUGAAUCCAACCUUUAAGGAGCUUCCAAUUUCUCA